AUGGAAUUCACUAAUCUGAUACAGACAAGUAAAAGUCGUCGGAAUGAAAGUUAUUAUGAGAAAGUUCGACAAUUCAAUGAAAAUCGUGACAAACUGUUUGACAUAUUUUGUGAGGACCAGGACAGUCGGAAGCGUUUGGAGAAUGCAUACGGUGUGAACAUGAUGGGGAAUGAAUGGGCUUUUCUCACUGACCAAAGAAACCAGCGUAUAAUGUACUGUGAACAUUUCGUCGAUCGGAAGUGGGAAAACACAAUGGAAAGGCGGCGUUAUGAUCUACAAUCUUUAGAAAGAAUGAGAGAAAAGGCAGAUAAGCAGAAGAUAGAAACUCAGUCGACAACACAGCUGAGUAGUGAGAGCGAGUUUGAAGGAAAUGACCAAAUGGACAGCGAUACCGAAAUGCAGUGGAAUGAUUCUGAUGGUUUUGAUGAUCUUGGAAGUGCUGCAAAGCGACGACGCAAACUUUUAUGUAGCCAUAAUCCAGAUAAAACAGACAAUUUUCCACAGCAGUAUCAACAUAUCAGAGAAAGUGUGCGCAAAGUUAGACCCGAGGUCUACGAGACCAUAGACAAGUUGAAAAGUCAGUAUCACAUGUCCAUCCGUCAGUCAGAAGCAGCAUAG